AUGGCCGCCGAGCAGAAGAGCCGCUUUGACCCCAACUUCACCGACAUGGUGAUCAACGGCAUGGGCCCCAACACCACUCCUCGCAACCGCCAGGUCCUGGGUGCCCUCAUCCGCCAUCUGCACGACUUCGCCCGCGAGGUUGAGCUCACCGUCGACGAGUGGAUGGCUGGCAUGAAGUUCAUCAACGAGCUGGGCGCUAUCUACCUCACCAGCAACAAGACUCGCAAUGAGACUCACCGCAUCUGUGAUAUCCUGGGCUUCGAGUCCCUCAUCGACGAGAUCGCCCACAAGAUCGUCUCUGACACUGGCAUUGACCCUACCUCCUCGUCCAUCCUGGGACCCUUCUGGUCCCCCAAUGCUCCCUUCCGCCCUCUCGGCGGCGUCAUCUUCCAAGAUGGCGUUCCUCCCAACGGCCGCGUCGUCAAGAUGCACGGUGUCAUCCGUGACAUCACCACCGGCAAGGGCAUCCCCGGUGCCGUCUUCGACAUCUGGCAGGCUUCCGCCAACGGCAAGUACGACUUCCAGGACCCUGAGAACCAGACUCCCAACAACCUCCGCGGCAAAUUCCGCGCCGACGAGGAGGGCCGCUACUGGUUCUACUGCCUGCACCCGACUGCCUACAGCCUGCCCCGCGACGGUCCCUCGUGGCAGCUCCUGCAGCUCAUGGACCGCCACCCCAUGCGCCCUGCGCACAUCCACAUCAUGGUCACCCACCCGGAUUACCUCGGCUGCACCUCCCAGCUCUACCCCAAGGACGACCCCUGGGUCAAGAGCGACACUGUCUUCGCUGUCAAGGAUGAUCUCGUUGUCGAGUUCAAACCCUUCUCUGACGAGAACGGCGCCGUCCUCGAGCUCGAGUACAACGUCAACCUGGUUCCCAAGGGUUACAAGCCCAAGAACUAA